AUGUUACCAGCACUACGUACCCACGCAAAUUUAAAUCGAAUUCUUACACAAACUCUAGCUGCUCGACGACAGCAAGAUGCAUUUCGUCUACCGGCCAAAAAUUCAUCAGCUGUUAGCGUUCUUACCGAUGAACAACGUGCACAUAAUCUAAAAAUCUGGCCUGGUGUUCCUGAAGCAGUUCGACCAUUGCCAAUUGAUUAUUGCCCGAUCGAUCCGGUUGAAUUCGAUAAAUUAACAGAUCGUUUCAAUCCACAAGUAAAGAUGUGGAAAUGGUUAUCGUUACUUGUCGCUAUUCCGGCUGUUGCUCUAUUAACCUACCUGAAUUUAGUUGUUCCCCAGGAACACACUCGUCCAGAAUACAAAGAUUGGGAUCAUUUACGACCGCGCAUGAAAUGGCCCUUCAAAGAUGGAAUUCAUUCACCAUUUCAUAGCAAAUGGUUCAAUGCAAUUCACUACGAUGAUAAAGGUUAUGAAACAAGCGAUGCUGAAUUCUCCAAACAUUUUCACCAUGGCCAUGAUGCCAAACAUUAG